AUGGCGGCAAAAAUACCUUCCUCGAAUGCCUCUUUAGUCGCAGACGGUACUGUCAAAUCCUCUUACAAUGAUCGAUCGGACGAAGUCUCUGCAGAGGAACUAUCUCUCGACAGGAUUGGAAGUCAAGACAAGGCUGCUGAAGCAAAUAUGUUUUCAGAAUCAGGAGUUGCCGCGGAGGCUGAUCUUGAGAAAGGUGGAGAGGUAGUAAAGCCUGCCCCUACUGUUGGUGGUGUCAACCCCGCAGACUUUCCUGAUGGUGGUCUUGAGGCAUGGCUGGUAGUCCUCGGGGGAUGGUGUUGCCUGUUCUGCAGUUUUGGAUGGAUCAACUGCAUCGGCGUCUUCCAGGAAUACUAUCAGCAGAACAUGCUGAGCCAAUACUCAUCCAGUAGCGUGUCGUGGAUUCCCUCUAUGGAGGUAUUCAUGAUGUUUCUAGGCGGCCCAGUCUUUGGCAAGGUGUUCGACAACUAUGGCCCUCGAUAUCUUCUCCUCAUCGGGAGCUUCUUUCACGUCUUCGGCUUGAUGAUGACUUCUUUAUCAACUCAAUACUACCAGUUCUUUCUAGCCCAGGGAGUGUGCAGUUCCCUUGGGGCGAGUGCUGUCUUUUACGCUGCGAUGAGCUCAAUUGGAACAUGGUUCUAUAAGAAUCGCGCCGCAGCUUUUGGGGUUAUGACCGCUGGGUCAUCACUAGGUGGAGUCAUCUAUCCUAUCAUGGUGACCAAGCUCAUCCCAGAAAUUGGAUUUGCGUGGACUAUGAGGGCCGCAGCCUUUAUGAUCCUGGGAAUGCUCAUCAUUGCAAACCUCACCGUGAAAUCAAGAUUACCGCCGUUGCCCAGAGAGUUUCACAUCAUGGAAUUCAUCCGACCCCUAAAGGAGCCAGCUUUUGCUCUUAUCUGUCUGGGCUCUUUUAUGUUUUUCUUUGGGACAUUCCUUCCCUUCGAUUUCGUAAUCCUUCAGGCUGAGAAAGAUGGAAUGUCGAGCAAUCUUGCUUCGUAUCUUUUAUCCAUUCUUAACGCAGCCUCGAUAUUUGGCCGGAUCCUUCCUGGGAUUAUUGCAGAUCGUAUUGGUCGGUUCAAUGUCAUGAUCGUUACCACCGCAUUCUCAGCCAUCAUCGUGCUAGCCCUCUGGCUCCCCUCAAAGGGGAACGCGCCCAUUAUUGUCUUCUCUGCUCUUUAUGGAUUCUCAUCCGGGGCAUUCGUUUCGCUGGCCCCAUCCCUGAUAGCGCAAAUCUCACCCAUCCGAGAGAUUGGGAUCCGGAGCGGUACAUACUUUCUAUGUGUAGCAGUUGGUGGCUUGACGGGAAAUCCAAUCGGCGGCGCUCUUAUAUCUAGAGAUGAUGGCAAUUUCCUCUAUCUGCAGAUCUUCUGUGGCGUAACCAUGGCUGUUGGGUCAGCUAUUUAUUUGGGUUCGAGAUGGGUUCAGUGUGGAUUCAAACUGAAGGUUAUAUAA